AUGCUCCUCCUGUCGCCUGUAUACUUGGCCAUCGCGGCCGUCGCUCUGUCAGUUGUCCUGCUACUGCGGCGUCUCAACUCACCGCUACGAAAGCUGCCCGGUCCAACCAUCUCUCUGUUCACCUCGUUGGUGCUGAAGUGGAAAGAAAUCAAUGCUGAAAGAACACUAUACGUCCACGCAUUGCAUGAAGAAUAUGGACCCGUUGUGCGGAUUGCCCCGAACGAAGUGUCGUACACUUCUUGGCCAGCUCUCAAGGAGAUAUACUGCUCCGGAGGGAGUGGCUACGAUAAAUCCGACUUCUACAAUCUCUUUAAGAUAUAUGGGCGAAGAACCAUGUUUACAACACUAAACAAGGCAGAUCAUGCCAAGAGGAAGAGAAUCCUCGCAGAUCGAUAUGCCAACACAAACAUUAUGCGCAGUGUUUCUCUGGAAGGUAUCCAAGAGCGAUCCAGGGCGUUCUUGCACCGUUGUACCCAAGCCGGGGAGUCUGCCACUGACAUUUUUAUUUGUAUGUCUUUACAUGCCUAUGCCUGUGAUUGCAUCACUCACCAUUUGUUCCACCCCAAUGGCUCAGACUGCAUUGGAACACAGGCGGACGAAGAUAUGAUGCAUCAAGUGGCCGCAGACGACAGCCUGCAGAAUCGUCUCAUUUCACACUACAGCCCGACGCUGCACCGUCUAUUUGCCAGAAUUCUGUCCUUUUUGGUCAAACCACGAUCUGUACCUCUUGCAGACAACUAUGUCUUGGAAACCAGCAAGCGAACUGAUGCAGCCAGCUUUACGCUCAUGAGUCGUCUAGAAGAAAAGUCGGGUGACCUUGACCACAUUGACAAGGCCGCUGAGUGUUUGGACCACAUGGUUGCUGGUAUCGACACCACUGGUGAUACACUCUGCUUCCUCAUGUGGGAACUCUCGCAGCCUCGAUCCCUUCAUUUGCAGCGGAGGCUUACAGAGGAGCUCAAAAAGAACCCGGAGGCUACAAUCGACCAGAUCCCGUUUUUGGAUGCUGUCCUGUGCGAGGGCCUUAGAUACUAUCCUGCAAUUCCAAUGUCGUUGCCUCGCCUUGUGCCACAGGGCGGGCGAAACAUUGAUGGCUUUUAUGUCCCGGAGAACACCAUUGUCAGUUGCCAGGCACACUCUGUGCACCGCAUUAACACGGACAUUUUCCCAGAUCCCAACAGGUUCCACCCGGAUAGGUGGAUGCAGGCCGAGGGUGAUGCCGAUAGACGCCGCUUGCUCUUUUCAUUUUCCAACGGCGGUAGGGGCUGCGUUGGCAAACACCUUGCUAUUGCGGAGAUGAAGAUUCUACUUCGAGAUGUCUAUUCACGAUAUAGCACAACACCCGACGCUUCCAUGACAGCCGAGUCGAUGGUCACGUCAGACCAGCUUAUUUCGACUCGACCAUUAGGGAAGAAGUGUUUGCUAAAAUUUCAUGCGCUACCCGAGAUCAAAACUACGACUGUCUCUCAAUAG